AUGACAACCAGUAAUACCAAUAAUAAUGAUAAUAAUAAUGAUGAUAAUAAUGAUCAAGGAAGUGAUCAGAAAACCAAAACUGGAAAACUAGGAACCGGUGCUAUUGUAGGAAUAAUAAUUGGCGCUAUCUUUAUUGUUGCCUUAUGCAUUGCUACAAUUUUCAUCAUCAAGAAACGUCAAAUAAAGGCAGAAAAAGGAAGUGAAUCCCAAGCUCAACUUAUGAAUUUGGUUUAA